UUUCAGCAAAAUGAAAACUCCGUCGAAAAAAUCAAUUGAAAAUAAAAGGGAAAAUGGAGAUCUCAUUCGUGAUUUUCUGAUGGCCAAUAAUACUUCGGAAACCAAACGAAUCUUCGGUCAGCCAAUUGAUAUCAGCAAUAUUGAGCGAAAAGACUUCGAUGAGUCAGCGGAGUCGAUGAUUGAAACGCUGAAAAAUGGUUUCGAGGAUGGUGAGCUCACUCCGAUGUUUCUGACGGUCAAACAGAUUCGGGAAUUUAUUCUGGCAUCAAAUAUCGAUGGAGGAGUAAACAUGAAAAUUCUGGAAGAAUGUCAGAGAGUGAAAGAGGAAGAUGAAAAAUGGCAGAAAAUUUUCAAAGAGAUGAAACAGCGCGACGCUGAGAAUAAGAAACGCAGAGACUUAGCAAAUUCGUCUUCCCGCGAUGGAUCAUCGUCCUCAAUUGCCAAUUCGCGCUCGAACGAUAAUCAUGAGUCGUUCAAAUCGUCAAAAAACAAGUGAUUCCUCGUCAAUUAAUGUAAAAACAUGUAUCCGAAUGCGCACUCGCUGGUUUCUCUACUGAUCAUCCCAAAGAAUAUAUCUCUCAUCAAAAUCAAAUCUCGAUUUUCUGCUCACUUUAAUUUCCUAUUUUUAAAACAUUUAUUUACUUCCCUCACACCCGGCUUUUUUGUAUACUUAACUGAACAGUUAAUUUUUAUCCUGUGUUGUUUCCAAUGUAGCAAGUUAAAUUGCAAGCUUCUGAAUUAUAAACGCCUUUUCUGUAGCAAGAAAAGACUUUUCAUGAACAUUUUGAACAAUGAACCGAAAUUCUUUACUAUUUGAACUUUCUCCAUUUUUGUUUACUGCACU